AUGAGCUUUGGUGGAUACGGUGGUGGUGGAUACGGUGGAGGAGGAGGAGGAUACGGCGGCGGCGGCGGAUAUGGUGGUGGAGGUGGUGGAUGGGGCGGUGGUGAUGAUAGGAUGGGCAACCUUGGUGGUGGUUUGAAAAACAUCAACUGGACGUCCACCAAGCUCGAGAAAUUCGAGAAAAACUUCUACAUCGAGAACGAUCGCAUCACAAGGAAAAGCGACCGGGAGAUUGAAGAAUUCAGAAGGGAAAAAGAGAUCAAGGUUCAAGGACGUGGUGUUCCACGACCAAUAACGUCGUUUGAUGAAGCUGGUUUUCCCGAGUACCUCAUGACCAGUAUUCGUGCACAAGGGUUCGCAGCUCCGACUCCCAUUCAAUGUCAGGCCUGGCCUAUGGCUUUGAGCGGUCGAGACGUUGUUGCCAUUGCUCAAACCGGUAGUGGAAAGACUAUAUCGUUUGCCCUUCCAGCCAUGCUGCACAUCAAUGCACAGCCUCUUUUGGCUCCCGGUGAUGGCCCCAUCGCUCUCAUCUUGGCUCCCACUCGUGAGCUCGCUGUCCAAAUACAGCAAGAGUGCACAAAAUUUGGUACCAACUCAAAAAUUCGCAAUACUGCUAUCUACGGCGGUGCACCCAAGGGCCCCCAAAUUCGAGAUCUCCAGCGCGGAGUGGAGAUCGUGAUUGCUACGCCUGGCCGCUUGAUUGACAUGCUCGAAACCUCGAAAACGAACCUUCGUCGGGUUACUUAUCUUGUCAUGGACGAGGCUGAUCGCAUGCUUGAUAUGGGUUUCGAGCCUCAAAUUCGCAAGAUUGUUUCCCAAAUUCGUCCCGAUCGUCAAACGCUGAUGUUCAGUGCCACUUGGCCGAAAGAUGUCCAGAAGCUUGCCAAUGACUUCUUGAGAGAUAUGAUUCAGGUCAACAUUGGGUCCAUGGAACUCACCGCCAACCACAAUAUCAAGCAGGUCGUUGAAGUCUGCAGCGAUUUCGAGAAGCGGGCUAAGUUGAUUAAGCACCUUGACCAAAUUAGCUCCGAAAAUGCGAAGGUUCUCAUUUUUGUUGGCACGAAGCGUGUGGCAGAUGAUAUUACCAAGUAUCUGCGCCAGGACGGUUGGCCUGCUCUUGCCAUCCACGGUGACAAAGAACAGCGGGAGCGCGACUGGGUUCUCAGCGAGUUUAAGGCUGGACGAUCACCAAUUCUCAUUGCCACGGAUGUUGCUUCCCGUGGGCUCGAUGUGAAGGACGUCGGUUAUGUCAUCAACUAUGAUUUCCCCAACAAUUGCGAAGACUACAUCCAUCGAAUUGGUCGUACUGGCCGCGCUGGAAUGACUGGUACCUCUUACACUUACUUCACUACUGAUAACGCCAAGUCUGCGCGAGAACUUGUCGGUAUCCUGAGGGAAGCCAAGGCUGUUAUACCACCUCAAUUAGAGGAGAUGACAAUGUUUGGUGGUGGUGGCGGGCGAGGCCGAUUCAAUAGCCGUGGCCGUGGUGGCGGUGGAGGUGGAGGCCGUUAUGGUGGUGGAGGCGGAGGUGGUGGAGGUUAUGGUGGCGGUCGCGACUAUGGCGGUCGCGAUGGUUGGUGA